AUGUUUGGUGGUACCAGGGGAUGCUCUGGCCCAUUAGGGAUAGAGGGAGGAAUUGUGUCAAACCAACAGAUUACUGCAUCAUCCACUCAUCGAGCUCUUUUUGGGCUCCAGAAAUGGUACCCAUACUAUGCACGACUUAAUAAGAAGGGCCUUGUCAAUGCUUGGACUGCUGCAGAAAAUGACAGAUGGCCAUGGAUUCAGAUAAACUUGCAGAAGAAGAUGCGAGUGACUGGGGUCAUAACUCAAGGUGCCAAGAGGAUUGGAAGUCCAGAAUAUGUAAAAUCUUACAAAAUUGCCUACAGUAAUGAUGGGAAGUCUUGGACAAUGUACAAAGUGAAAGGCACAAACGAAGAUAUGGUGUUUCGUGGGAACGUGGACAACAACACCCCGUAUGCUAACUCCUUCACCCCUCCAAUUAAGUCACAGUACAUACGGCUGUAUCCUCAGGUGUGCAGGAGACACUGCACGUUGAGAAUGGAACUCCUUGGCUGUGAACUGUCAGGUUGCUCUGAACCCCUGGGGAUGAAAUCAGGACAUAUACAAGACUACCAAAUCACUGCCUCCAGUGUUUUCCGUACACUCAACAUGGACAUGUUCGCUUGGGAGCCCAGGAAAGCCCGUCUGGACAAGCAAGGCAAAGUUAAUGCUUGGACUUCUGGCCACAACGACCAGUCACAGUGGUUGCAGUUUCUGGGUGCAACCAUCCUAACUUCGCCACAUGUAGAUGAUGAAGCUUUGAAAGGCCACACAGAUCUUCAUGCCUUUGGUACCUCAGCUGCAGAAAGCCCUCCUCAGGGAAACCUUCACCUAGGGAAACCUUUGCCAAACUCCAGAGUUGCCCAAAAGUCAUGA